CAAUCUCCAUUCUCCUCUUGAUUCAUUCUUAAUUAUGUACUUACCCUUUUGUUAAUAUUUCCCUCUUUUCCAAUCUACUUUGAUGCAAGGCUCCAUUUACGUCACCCACCUUCCUAAAUUCGAACAUGCUCUGCGUGAUCGAGCUAUGUAUAUAAUAUCCGCCUUUGACGUCACUAGAAGCAACACCCAUGUCAAAUUGUCGGAUUUCCACUUUUAUAUACGGUUCACACCAGCCACUUUUUUUGAAGAGGUAGAAGAGUCUUUCUGUGUUAUUCCAAAAGAGUUUUUCCGCUUAAGGACUCAUGAAGAGUUAGUGUCACUGGCGAACACCAAUACGGAGCUCCCAGAUGUCAUGGGCGAAGUAGUUUCCACCAAAACUAAUGGGAUGUCACAAACUUUGGAGAGGAUGUUAGUCCAUCUGCGUCUUGAAAGUGGUCAGAAUGUCCGUCUAAGUGCAUUUGACGACCAGGCAACCUCAUUGGAGAAGGUCUUUAGCAAGAAUGAUGAGGGAACUUAUAUACUCUUAGCGACCAAUAUAAACCCAAAGAUCUUUGCAGGUGAAGCAGUUCAUGUUCAUAAUUAUUUGACGUCAAUAAAAUGUGCACUUUGUUUUCAAAUAUUAUGUCAUUUCUAA